CCCGGCGGUACGCUUCGCGGGUCCUGAGGAAACUCCGCGGCUGUUCCGCUUCCAGGGCGGCGAUGGCGGCGGGCGGCCGGGAGCCCGAGCGGGACGUGGCGCGCUUCGUUUACGUGACACGCUUCGGCUCGUACCGCUUUAACCCAGAAGAAUUUAGCUAAAAAGUUUGAUUUCCCCAUCCCUUUGAAAGAAGCUUCCAAAGUAGCGAAGAAAAAGAAAAAGGUUUCAGUAUGGAAUAGAGUGUACAAAGUCAUUUCUAGAAUGCUUGAAGAAAAUGAAAAAUAUAGACUCAGGCUGAAAUACCAACAACUAUCCUGUGAAAACUCAAAUUACACAAGAUGAAAUCUUAUCUUCUGGUCUGGGAGGAAAGGCGUAAGGAUGGUGAAGCUGAACAGUAACCCCAGUGAGAAGGGAACCAAGCCGCCUUCGGUUGAGGAUGGCUUCCAGACCGUCCCUCUCAUCACUCCCUUGGAGGUUAACCACUUACAGCUGCCUGCUCCGGAAAAGGUGAUUGUGAAGACAAGAACAGAGUAUCAGCCUGAACAGAAGAACAAAGGGAAGUUCCGGGUGCCGAAAAUCGCCGAAUUUACGGUCACCAUUCUCGUCAGCCUGGCCCUUGCUUUCCUCGCCUGCAUCGUGUUCCUGGUGGUUUACAAAGCCUUCACCUAUGACCACAGCUGCCCAGAGGGAUUUGUCUAUAAGCACAAGCGCUGCAUCCCGGCCUCCCUGGAUGCUUACUACUCAUCCCAGGACCCCAAUUCCAGAAGCCGCUUCUACACGGUCAUCAGCCACUACAGUGUGGCCAAGCAGAGCACCGCUCGGGCCAUCGGGCCGUGGCUGUCGGCGGCUGCUGUCAUCCAUGAGCCCAAGCCGCCCAAGACCCAGGGCCAUUAGAGGCCCACCCCCAGCCAGAAUGGGGGGUCCAGCGGGGGGUCCCCUGAUGGCUAAGCCAAGCUCCAGUUACAAGACACCACUGUACUCCCGGGAUAUGGGGGCGGGGGCGGGGCCGGGGUGGGUGGGUGGGGUCUCACCGAAAUUAUCGUGCACUGGAGUUGUCUGAAUUGAUAUUUCUUUUCGUCCUUUGGUAUUGUUGAUUCGUCCCCAAGUCAGGAUUAUGUACAAAGGCAUGUUUCGUGUUGACUGUUCCCAUGUAAGAUAUUUUCAAUGCCACUGCUUAUUACUUGUUAGGAAAAUUUAAAAACAGAAAAGGAAACAAAAUGAACAAAGAAGGACUAAACUGGCUGCAUUUGGAAGAUGGCGGGCCGUGAAGAGCACAGACUCUGGGCUUCUUCGAUGAGAAGCUGUAGCCUCCGUUGGGGGGGUUUGGAAGGAACAGGAAAUGUGAGCGAUGCAGGCUGGGGCUACGUGGUUGGCCUCGGCUCUGCAGGAGGGGAAGACAGGCAGUCCGGACAGGCCUUGUUGGAGAGGAGGGCUGAUUUCGGCAUUGUUAAGCCUGGGAUUCACAAAACCUAAAGUCAAGAGCACCCACCAUGGGUGCGUUUUGCUAAGCUAGCCCAGAUCACCAUUUGGGAAUCUGAGCUGGGGCUUGGGCCAGCCCCUGCGGCCUGGGGAGGAACAGGUGCAGUCAAAUGCUGAGCAGCAGGCAGACUCUCUCGGUCUUUCUCUUUCGUGUCUAGAUCAACACCGGGUACUGCCUAUGUUUAAGAGACAGCAGGGUGGGAUGGGGGAGAAGGAAGAAGAGGCCGCAGGACAAAGCAAGGCAUGGGACAGACGUAUUGCAUGUGGCCAAGCUAGAAGCACAGGCACCACAUUUUAAAAGUCUUGUUUGCUUGGUGUUUCCCAAAGUGCUAAUAGCCAUUGGAGGAGUAGUGAUAAGGGUCAUAGCCGGGAACCUCAGGUGACAGCUAGGGAGACUUUAAGCCAGGGUCUGCAACAAUGCCAAAUCACCCAUAAAGGAAGCUGAAAAAUGUGACCAUCUUUUGCCCACCUGUUGGACUGACAGCCGUCUGACAAGCACCCAAAGUCCCCAAUCUAGUUCUAGAAGCCGACUAGGGGGCAGCGUCUGGCAUUACCCAGGCCUCUCGCUGUGGUGGGAUGCCACCUCCCCCUGAUCAGGCACUCCCACAUGGUUCUCCGGCAAAGGUUUCUGGGAGGCCCCCUCUGCGGGAUGUGGCUCCAGGCUUGCAUGGACAGAACUGGCUGGGAGAGUUGGUUAUUUGAGAUGUAGUACUGUUUCCCCAUGAAGCCCGACAGCCCGGAUAACAGACAUUCUCUCCUGGCUUGCUAUGUUGCUGAACUCAUUGUACACAACAGCUGGGUAAUAAGACUAGCAUAGCUCAAACUAUCCUGCCAAACGCUAUCAUCUGACUUUCCUCCUCCCACCCCAUCACCUCGAGUCACCUGUAAAUUCAUUUGUCAUCCGAAGCGGAAUAACAAAUUGUCCCUAGCGAAACCGCUGAGCGCUUUAUAAUUUUGUGGUGUAUUUUUGUCAGUAGGUAGCAGAGGCUGAAGUAUUUUUUGGUGUAAUUCUUGAACUUUUCUGACAGGAAACAAAUAAAGAUAGAUGUGUCUGAAA